AUGUGUGUAUAUAAGUGGGACAUAUCAUACAAGUGGGACGCAACGCACGCAGGUCGUUUAGCGGCGCACGGCGAUUGGCUGAUCGAUCAAUCGAACGAUCUAGAAAUAUAUAACUGGUCCUGGCGACGUUCGCCUGAGCGAUCCGGCCAUCGACGUGCUAUUCGGCCACCGAAUACCGCAGUGCCUGCCGCGUGGUGCUACAUCGAACGGACGCAUCACUACAGGCGACCAAACAAACAUCGGCGCGCGAACAAAACUAGCAGUCAGCGCGAAAAAUUACAGCGAAAGUUUCGUCGAGACGCGAGCGCGACAGAGAUAGAUGAUACCGGGCGCACCACGGCGUCCGGGGCGUCG